CUCCUGUCGGUGUGUGACUCAUAGCAGGUACAUGAAGUGAAGGACUACACUGCUCCACGUCACAGGAAAAUAUGCAGAGCAUGAGCUCUCCGGGAGGCAAUGGCCUCUCCGAGGAGCAGUUCAGCUGCUCCAUCUGUCUGGAGGUGUUCGUGGAGCCCGUCUCCACUCCCUGUGGCCACAGCUUCUGCAAGGCUUGCCUACAGGGCUACUGGAACCACAGCAAAAAGUUCCUCUGCCCCAUGUGCAAGAAGAGCUACUCCAAAAAACCCGAGAUGAGCGUCAACAGGGUCUUGGCUGAAAUCUCCUCCCAGUUCCAGGGGCUGAUGCUGGCCGGGGGAGCUGGAGGGGCCGUGGGCACCGGGGGAAACUCAAAGGGAUCCACUCUGAACAUGAGCCUAGAUAUGAGCCAGGGGGGCUCCACAGGGUCUGACAACGGGGAGUUCGCCCGGGCGGGGGAGGUUCCCUGUGACGCCUGCAUUGGGAGGAAGGUGAAGGCGCUCAAGUCCUGUGUGAACUGUCUUGGAUCGUUCUGUGAGGUUCACCUCCGACAUCACAAAAAGGUGAAGUCUCUGACAUCUCAUCGUCUGAUUGAACCAACUUUCUACCUGGAGGACAAGAUCUGUAAGAAACACGAACGUCUUCUGGAUGUCUACUGCCGCACGGACCACACCUGCAUCUGCACGGCAUGCGCUGAGGCCACUCACAAGUCCCACGACAUCGUCUCCAUUGACCACGAGUGGAAGAAGAGGAUGAGUAAUGUGAGUAAGAAGAAGUCGGAGCUGAAACAUUUGAUCAAGGAAAGAACCAAGAAACUGGACGAGAUCAAACAAUCCAUCAAGGUCAUCAAGGCCAGCUCUCAGAAGGAGCUGGAAGAGAGCUGGCAGGUGUACGCGGAGCUGCAGCGCAUGGUGGAGCAGAGUCAGGCGGAGCUGGUGGAGCUGAUCGCCACGAGGCAACGCGAGGCUGAGCGUCACGCUCAGGAAAUGGCCCGCACUUUGGAGAACGAGCUCAGCCAGCUGAGGAGGAGGAGCAACGAGCUGGACGCCUGCGCACAGACCCAGGACAAAGUGGUCUUCCUGCAGAGCCUGGCGACGCUGCCACCCCCGCCCGAGCCCACCGAUUGGUCAGCGGUCAGCAUCAACACUGACCUCUACCUGGGAACCAUCCGCUCCUCCGUCAGCAGUCUCAUAGACAAGUUCCAGGAGGAGCUCAAGAGGCUGUACGGGAAAGAGCUCCGGAAGGUUCAGAACUAUUCAAGCGAGGUGAUUUUGGAUCCUGCCACGGCCCAGAGGAACCUGGUUGUGUCCGAUGAUGGCCGCCAGGUGAGAUAUGAAGAGCGAAGGUCCAACCACUCUGAGGGUCAGAAACGCUUCAGUCCCGCCCUCUUCGUCCUGGGCCGAGAGGGUCUCAACUCUGGGCGACACUACUGGGAGGUGGACGUGGGGCGUAAGACGGCGUGGACGCUUGGCAUGGCAAGCACCUCAGCCCGCCGCAAGGGUGAGAUCAAGCUCAGUCCAGAGGGGGGAUACUGGUGCCUGUGGCUGAAGAACGCAGAGGUAAAGGCUUUGGCAUCGUCCCGUCUGCCUCUACUGCUGCCAACCCAGCCCUGUAAAGUGGGAAUCUUCCUGGAUUAUGAAGGAGGCCAGAUUUCUUUCUAUGAUGUGAAGGCGCGUCUGCAUCUCUACACGUUCGUCGAUACUUUCAAUGAGAGUCUGUACCCAAUCUUCAGCCCCUGUCUCACCCAUGAGGGGAAGAACUCUGCUCCUCUCAUCAUAACCCCUGUUAAACACACCUGAUACUGACAGCCAAUCAAAGCCUGGCAAGGCAUAGGUAAAACAUCUUCAGGUCAAAAAAAGAUUGAUAAUUCUGUCCUUUAUUUGGUCUUAAAAUAUGAAAUUUACUUCUCAAUGAUCCAAUUUUAUUUAUAACAGUUUGACUUGUUUGCAAAGCACUUUACGUCAAACAUCUUUCAGCAAAAUAAAAACAAAGCAAGUCGUUCUGCAUAUCAAACCUACAACUUUGUCUCAUUAUAUGGGCAUGUUAUCGCAUUUGCUCAAGUCUCAAUAGAGGUAUCAUAGAGGCUGCUAACCCAAUGAAAUCAAAGCAUUGUGUUAUCAGUGUGUGUUUGGAUCCGAGGAAACUAAAAUGUAACAUGGUUGGUACUUUACUGACUGAUGACACAUUACAGAGAAAUGUAUUUGAGAUGUGGUUACUCAAAAGUAGCCAAAAGUUUGUCCAUACUGUAUACUUUUAUCUAAAAUUGUAUGUACAUAUUUUGGUGAAAAAAAACAUUAAGGACUAGAGUAGGCCUGGAUAUUGGUACUCAGUCAAAAUAAAUCACUACCAAGUAGUAUUGAAACUUCUCCAGCCAAAUGAUACCUGGCUGCAUUUGGUUCUUUUUUCAACCAGAGCUAGAAAAAAAUCCUUUUUGUAUGGUUUUGGUCACUGACAAUCAUCGCGAAUGUUCUUUGUUUUAAUGCAACAUGUGAUUGGUCUGCGACUGCAGCAGCUACAAGUCAGGUGCGGCAGUCGAGUUGGCAGUUCAGUGUGCUUAGAUGCCAUCAAAAUGUUCUUAGACAUGGCGAUAACACACACACCUAUGGUGUCAGGUGGCAUUUCAUGCAAGUGAAUGCUUCAGUUUGCAUAAUGGGUAUUGAACGUAGAAAGUAGAAAAAAUGUAUUGAAUUAAGUACUCUAUUGGUAUUGGUAUCACUUUAAGGGUAUUGACACUGGUAUCACAAAAGGUACCCAAGUUCGAGAACAGAGAGAAUUAUAAAGGCUACUUUUGCCCUGUGGCUCUUAGUAACUGCAGCUCUGGUUCAGUUGAAUGUGUUACACCUCUUCCUCACUGGUUGCCAAGCCAACAAGGGAACGUCUGGGGCCAGUUGCACAAAGCAUCUUAAGUUUGCUCCUUCAUGACACUUAAGGUUUACCUAAAAUAAUUCGCCAGUAACUGACUGGAAAGAUCCCAUUGGGGCUGUGGAAAGUUGCGGAAAGAGUGAUCCAAACCCAGACGAUCACAAUCAUAAAUUGACUUCGGUAAAAUUUAAAGUGCAAAGUCAAUUGCUCAUCAUUAAGCAUCUCAAUCGGUUUCUCCAAACCUGGUCUCACUCUGAAGUCAUCGAAAUCUAGCGUUCAGGCAGUGACUUGCAGCAUCGGCAUGAUACGUGGUCGGACGCUGUUAUAGUUUAACGGUGCUUGGCAGUGUCGGGGAAAUGCGACGGGACAAGAACGAAAGUUAAGGUGGAAAAGUCCACGUAGGGUGGGUAUGAGGGGUGGUGGAUGGGUCCAACAAACACCAGCUUUUACCUGGGAGAGUGGUGAUCGCGUCCUGUAAGAUUCUAAAGCCAAACCUUGUUCACUAUUCCUAAACCUAACCACGUGUUUUUGUUGCCUAAACCUAACCACAUGCGUUAGUUGUUGGAUUUGGAGUUGUUAGUACAUUUAUUUUGAAAGAGAUUGUAUGUAAACGGUAAAUUUCCUGUGAAAACAGAAGUGUAUUUUGAAAACAGACAAUGCAUGAAACAGGCAGAACUUUACACGGCAUCCCAGAAUGUCAACAACCAACGCACCCAUGGAACCUUGCACGUCUUAUCUGGACGUUGAAGGUCCAUGACCAAACGUCAGGGAGUCAGGGUACUUUAUGUUUUUGUCCUUACUUUGGUUAGGUUCUUUGUGCAACGGUUUUCAACAAAUCUUUGGCAAUUCCAAAAUGAUGAAAUGAAAUGGAAGACUAAGAUAAGGAGAAAUACUUAUCUUAAGUAAGUAACAUUUUAAGGAAACCUUGUGGAAAAGACUUGCGGAAAAUCUUAAUUUCAGGUGCUUUGUGCAACCGGCCCCAGAUUAUUCUCCCAAUGAAGAUGCCCCAACCUGCUCCGUCCAUCAGCGAACACGCUACAUGUCAUGUUGCUUGCUUGAAAAAACACUUGCUUCAGCUCAGUUUUUGCAAAGCUUUGCACACCUCCAACCUAUUUUCAGAUCAACAGAGAUUCCCUAGGCCCUGUCAGAGGUUUAAAGGCUCCUUGAAUGUUGUUGUCACACGUAAUAUAUUUGGACAAUUUUUCACACUCCGUCCACCAAAGUUUUCUUGCUUGUUAAAUGUUUGCUAAAGGUGUACAGGAGAGAGUUAUGUUAGAGUAAUGCUGUACUUUUGGCACUUUUCUUACUGUUUAAGUUUUGUUGAAACUAACAGAUUAAAGCAAUGAAGUUUAAUAGAUGUAAAAUCACUGAGGUUUAGGCUUGCCUGGGGACCAAAUGAGAGAUUUUUGUACAUACUGAAGAACUCUGAAAUUGUUUGCAAUGGGCAUUUUUUAAGACUUGAUGUUGAUCCAGUACUAUUAAACUAUGUUCUGUAUUUUUGUAUUAUUUUUGUUUUUUUACCUUCUUUCUGAACUUGUUUAAUAAAGAUGAUCUUU